CAGUAGAAUAUAGUAGACCCUUUAGACCAGGGGGGUCCAAACGUUUUUAUUUACUAAAGUCCUGUAUCAGAUCUGUUUUAAAAUGAAUUGUGUGUUGACACGACGUCUCUCCUGAAGGUUGUCCGUUACAAGACGGAGACAAAAAGUUAUGAAUGUGUCCAAUUUAAAUCUCAAGAGGCGGCAAAUUUGGCAAAAGAGAAUCUUGUCGGCAAACUUUUUAACAGCUAUAAAGUGAAAUCUAUUAAUAUAAAGUGUGGGUUUGGUCAUAUGAGGGGAUUUCAGUCAGCAUCAGGGGGUAAUUUUGCUGGUGUCGGCAUAAAGACUAACAGCAGUGUGUAAGAGCAGUGUCUCUGUUGUGUUACAGCUCCAUCAACACUUUAAUCUCAUACAGAGCGUGAGACUGAGAAGAACCACCACACCCAGAGUCCAAACACUUGUCCCUCUAAGAAGUUGGACGCCGACCGCGAGGGGCCGCGUAACUAUUUAGCAUGCCGGAGUCUCGAUCGUUAUCGGAUUUAACCAGACAAAUUGCUCCACCAACUAAGAACGGCCAUGUACCACCACCCAGCUCAAGUUCCAGCUGUGUAGGAGAAACCAGCUGCAGCUCAAGUUCCAGCUGUAGAGGAGAAACCAGCUGCAGCUCAAGUUCCAGCUGUGGAGGAGAAACCAGCUGCAGCUCAAGUUCCAGCUGUGGAGGAGAAACCAGCUGCAGCUCAAGUUCCAGCUGUGGAGGAGAAACCAGCUGCAGCUCAAGUUCCAGCUGUGGAGGAGAAACCAGCACAAGUUUAGAAUUCAGUAAAAGCUCCUUCAGCAUCUGCUUUAAAGGACGAUGAGUGGACAUCUCGUCUGCGGCGGUAGAGGACGAUGUGUG